AUGGCGGAUGCAAGUUCAACUUCAAACGCUCACGGCUUCACUCAGCAAGAGUUCGUCAACUCUACGCCCCCAUCUGCGUCUUCGGGCUCUUCUUCGUCCGCAUUCCCAGAUACCCCCAACGAAGUCCCCCGGGAGUAUCUCAUGGCCUCGCCAUCUUCUGUUCUACCUUUUGCCGAGCAAGGUUUCCCCUUUCCUGUUCAGGAAGCAACUUCCGAUAUCUCCUUCAACCCCCUGACUGGCUUUAUACAGCCCCGGGGGUAUAUUCAGAAACACUUUCAAGGAGGCUACAACAACCAGGCUGCUCGCGUUGACAAUGAUGUACCCUCAUCUUCCUCCAAGCUCCCAGAAUUCGGCCAAUACUCAUCCUCUGCUCGUCUUGUUCGUGAACAGCGCCUAUCAACAUGUCUCAACAUCCUCCGCCAUAUUCAACGCACCCUCCGGCAACGCCACGAGGAGGCCACCCUGAAUCUCGCGCGUAUCCAACGUCUCACAGUGCAAACAACAUGGGAUCUCUUCUUUCAAAGUCCCCUGGACUUUAUGUGCCACGAGAUGGACAUUCUCACCGAUGCCACCACAAGAGCCAUUCUCUCCGAGGGCGGCGAUGUUCCACAGCGGCGCUCUGUUCGCGAUAGUGAAGAUUGGAUGCGGAAGCUGGAUGGGCUGCGAGAUUUGCGAGACGAUGAGCACGAUGCCAAGGAGAGAGUGCGCAAGAUCCUGGGACAGAUGCAAUAUGCAGACGAGAUUAUGGGAGUGGGAUUGAGGGAACAGGCAGCAGCACUGGAGAGAGGCGAUCUCAUGGCUGGUCAAUAUCGCAGGGCGUUUAAUUACGCCCAUCAAGAGGUGGAGGCGAUGGCAUCUUCGAAAGGCAAGGCUUCUGCCACAAUGAGCGCCUUUUUCAACUGGCCAUUGCCUGCCACGUCUCCGAACGGCGAUGAAGCUAGUAUCAACACUGGCGACAAUAGCAGUGGAUCCUCAGGACAGUGCCUUUCUGAAUGUUGUCGGGAUCAUUCGCCGUAA